AUGAAGGUAAUGCCGAAGAGAACCGAGAAAGCCGAUGACGAAUGUAAUUUUGACGCUAAUGACCCGACGUCAAAGCUCGCCGCUUCGCUCGAUGUGUUAUCACGGACUUUGCAGAAAAUGUCGAUUUCACCAACUUCUUCAACCAGCAUAUCAUCUAUCCCGUCACCAGAACGCUUUACCCUGGGGAUGCUGUACCCCAGGUGGGAAAAGCAAGUCCAGUUUUAUCUGCGUCAUUUCCCAUCCAACCAACCAGCAGCUGUGCUCGACGACCUGCUCUCGGGAGAGGCCUUUGAUAUUGUUGCAGACAGUAAACUUUUGGAGAAAGAAGUAACAACUGAGACUUUUUCCGCCAUGCGCCGAUUAUUAGCCCGCCCCGGUCUACCUGCGCCCCUACGCAAGGCAUUCCACGCACGUUACCAAUAUCCGGGGGAAACCAUCCGCACCUACGUUCGCGAGCAGCAGAGGAUGGUCGAUAUCGCAUACGAGAACGAAACGGCAGAGGAAUGUGAAAACCUGGUCUUAGGGCAACUCUUAGAGGGCACUCAAAAGCCGUCUAUUUAA